UAAAAAUAAAUUCAAAUUGCGGCGUUGCACCGACACUUAACUUUUGACACAUGCACAUGCACUUAAAUGUCACUCACACGGUACACUCAAUUUUGACAUAUCAACAAUCAUUCCAGCACAACAAAUAAAACACAAAUCAACAAAACAUUACCGCGGUGUGAUUUGUCCGUUAUUUUUUUGUAUAAUUUGUGUGUCAAAUAUCAGCUAAAAUUGAGUGAAAAGGUGAAACAGUGCGUAGUGAUGUCUUCUACUAGGUUGAGUGAUAAAGUAUGAUUAACAAAAUACGUGAAAUUCUGUUCUGCUCGUACAGUCGGAUGGUUUCAUUGCUUCAUAAAUCAAUUCCCGAUGGCACCGACCGGACGUUGAGCGUACCGCCGAACGACGAACCGGCCGGCCACACGAUGGUGUCCAUCACGGAACCGGACCUGCCCACGACCAUGGAAACGCUUGCCGAACGAUGCCUCGGCUGUGCGAUUAGCUACGGCGGACCAACCCAACCGAGGGCGACGACAACGGCUCAGGGCAACUGGACCUGGAGCUAUCUGGACGGAUUGGCGGCCGACCAGCAGCACCCGAAUCUAACCGCACCCCAGUACGACACACUCGACGCCCAGGACGACGACUUCCCGCAGUACGACAUUGAUCCGGCCUAUCAGCUGCGGUACAGCAUCCUCGGGACCGUGCUGCUGACUGUGGCCUACGCGCUCGUGUUUAUCGUGGGCCUGCUCGGGAACAUUUCCGUCGUGAUCGUCGUGAAGAAAAGCACCAUGAUGCGAUCGCCCACCAAUCGGUUCAUCGUCAAUCUCGCGUACGCUGAUUUAUUGGUCAAUUUUCUCUGCCUGCCGUUUACGCUGAUCGGGAAUCUGUAUCCAGCCUGGAUCUUGGGGGUGUUCUUCUGCAAGGGAGUAUCUUAUCUGCAAGGUGUUUCCGUUUCCGCUUCCGUCAACACGCUGAUGGCGAUCUCCAUCGAACGUUGCUUCGCGAUAUCGUUCCCCAUUUCGGGCACCAUUACGACCAGACAGUAUCGGUUGAUUGUGACCAUCAUCUGGUUUAUAGCGCUGAGUAUUAACCUGCCCUGGCUGUUCGUCUUCACGCUGCGUCCCAUCGGCAUCCCGGGAAGCAUAGCGCAGAUCUGCACCGAGCUGUGGCCGACUCCGGCAUCGGAAAGUUGGUACUUUCUGUUUGCCAACCUGUUCUUCUGCUACCUCGGUCCACUGAUUGUGAUAUCCAUCUGCUAUGUCAUCAUCUGGAAGAACGUUGCGUACCGGAAUCUACCCCGCGAGAUGAUUAUAAAUCGCAAAAAUGAGGUCUUCAAUCGCAGCAAGGUGAAGGUCAUUAAGAUGGUUUUCGUUGUGAUCAUCACCUUCGCCAUCUCGUGGUUGCCUCUGUACGCUAUCUUUUGCUUCGUCAAAUUUGCCGGAGAUUUGGUGUACGAUGAAGCGGUCCAAUCGUUCAUUUUAACCAUACUGCCGGUGGCUCAGUGGCUGGGUGCGUCCAACUCGUGCAUCAAUCCGAUACUGUACGCGUUCAUGAAUCGUAAAUUUCGGGCCGGCUUUAAGAAGCUGUUCCACAGCUGCUGCACGGCGGACGAGGACGAUUGGGAUCUGCCGACCACGGUGGGCCGGUUGGAGGAGAAAGAUUUGUACCUGCGGCGGGUGCGUUCGUUCAACAAUGGAAAGCAGCACCAGACGCUGCUGCACUACGGCCGGGAGCACUGCGCAACGCUUCGUGUGCCGCUGUCAACCCCAGCGAUCAGUGUGCCAAAUGGUGGGUCGCGAAAUUAAAAACUGUACAACACAUUUUGCCCCGAACAGCAAGCAACAAAGCUUACGUAAAACGUACAUACAAAUUAAAAAAGUUUAAUCUGCGGCAGAGCGAGCGGUAGGCGCGACUAGGCGCGACGCCGGAGACACAUUAUUCUAAUCGUUAAGAACAUCCAUGCGGGAACCAGAUUAUUGCCCUAAUAUUUACGCUCACUUUUGAAGUUGAGUCACACGUAUCAGAUGUAUUUUCAUAUAACUAAUUGUUCGGUAUAUAUAUAAAGAAAAAGAUUUUCAAAAUAAAA